CAAUCAGGCAGGGGCAUUACCAAUCUUAACUACCAGGUAAGUCAGUCCAGAAUGACUGAUGUUAGGCAUCACAUGUGAUACAUUAUGAAUACAGUUAACCACUAGAAAUACACAGUGGACACAGGUGGGAUCAUACCACUGGUGGGAAAGUUCACUUACAAAUGGAGGUUACAUGGAUGACACAACCGUUACGGUGAGAUUCUAUUCAUACUGCCGCAACAACAUACAUUACGGGGAAAACAGUAGACUGUGCAAACUGAAUCGUCUACACAUCAAGCCAGGACAACCACCAUUGCAGUUGACAAGUCCAUGGUCUACCCUGGGUUACAGAUGAACAUUCCAGCCUUCUAUCCAAUGCAAUCGGGACACUACCAACACACAUCCAUCGCACUAAACCAUGGCUACAGUGCUCAAAACUGCAACUGCACAAUUAUGGUGAGUAUGUAUGUACUAAGUUGUUUAGGCUCUUAUACAGUCUCUUGGUCAGUUGAGGGAAGGCUGCACCUAUAUUUGAAUAUCAGCAGUUCCACUGAUUUCCGACUCUGCAGCAAGCAUGCUCUCAUAGCACGUGAGUAUGCAGUUCUACUUUGCUAGAUGUUACAUACAACAAACUGACUCUUGACUAUUCAUCUAGACUUGUACAAUCAUAAAUAAAGCAGUACUUAGUAUAAUUAUUGAUACGCGC